ACCAGACAAAAUUACAUUUUUCCAUAGCGAUUAUUAAAGAGAAAGGAGAGGGAUCGAGAAUAUUAAGUAUGUCAAGUUUAGGUAUGUCUUAUACUACUGUAGCAGAUUGUUUUGAUCAAUACGUUCGAAUUAUUGAAACAUUUGAUCCUUUGAUGUUUCGGAACAAUCACGAUUAUCGAUUCCAGGUUUAUGAAGGUUUAACUCCUUUUUUGGAACAUCGAAGGAGAUAUGGUUUACAUGACGAUAGUAUUCUGUGGUUGAUUUAUCGAGCGCAAUUGCCGGAUUCUGGAUCUAGACUAGACGAGAUGACUGAGCGGCUAUUGAUUGAAUCAGAAACUCCAUCACCAGAUUCUCAAUCGGCAAUCGAUGCUCUGGAAACGAUUAAGAUCACUCCGAAUCACAUAGAGAGCGAUAAUUCACAUUCAAAUUGUCCGAUUUGUCUAGAUCGGUUCGAGAUUGGCACUAAAGCGAGGAAAACGCCGUGCAAUCACAUCUAUCAUUCUGAAUGCAUUGUUCCAUGGUUGGUGCUGCGUAAUACUUGCCCUGUUUGUCGCCAUCAGUUAGAAUCGGGUCCUGUAAAUUGCCGGCAAAACUCGAGAAACACUAGUAGCGAUGAUUCGAAUACAAGCAGGAGGAAUACGUUUUCCUUCAUAUUGCCUGUUCGUUCACAAAACAAUGGCCGCAACUGUGGGAAUCCGCCAUUCGUAGUUGGAGAGAUUCACGAGAACUAACCUAUUUAAAAUUAAAAUUAAAAUUAAAAUAGUUAAUAUUUAGAAGUUAAUUAUUAUAGUUUUUUUUUUUUUAAGAUUUAUUUUGAAGAUAUGUAGUUGCUAGUGACCUAAAGAGCUGUAGUUUGAGAUAUAAUUAAGAUAGUUUUUUAUUACUCCUACCUUGUAAGCUUAUAAUUAGGCUAAUUUUCUAAUGUGUUAACGUUGUAGUUUUAAAUUUUACAUUUAACAUCCUGCUAUACUUAUUUUUAGAAAAAAUUUCCCAACAUAAUUUAAUGGAUAAUACUAAUAACUG